GGAAAGGUAACUCCGAUGAAAAAAAAACAACCCAUACAUGUGGACAAAAGAGAUAGUAUUUUGUUCUAUUGUGUUGUAUUGUUUGAGUCCCUAACUAUGUUUGUUCACUGGCAGUUAGUUUUGAUGUUUUUGCUGUUGCAAAUUUUUCUGUCUUUUUGUGAGCUCAGGGCUAGCGGUAAGUUUUUAAACGACAAAUCUCAAGAAUUGAAAGAAUCGGACCAAAUCAUAGUUGACAAUAAAACCUUCUCAGAUUACUGGCAAUGGCUAAAAAUAAAAUACAGCUUCGGGAGGCGUCAAGAGUUCGUUAAAAGAUUGUUACCAAGUCUGGUAAUUCCCCAAAAUAAGUCUUCAAAACUUUGGGCUUUCGAUAACCAUGUCUCGGACAUGUCUUCGAGAUCAACUAACCGAAACAGACGUUUACUUACUCUUGAUACUGGAGCAGACAAGUAUGCGCCAUUAUUAAAGACAUCAGCGAAGAAAUCUAAGCACCACCGCCGAUUUCUGAGCAAGAUUCGGAAGAAGCUGCAGCAGUAUGUGAACAAAGCAGCAGACUGGGGUCUCAGUAACAAGGAAGCAGCAGAGAUCUUUGAAAAAUACAAUCGAUGUCUGGAAGAGAAGCUGAACGCACUUCAAACAGAAGAGUUCCCUAUAAAACCAAUCAUGGCUAUUGAAGGAGAGAAGAUCACCCUGGACUGUUUAAUUUGUUACAGACCUGAUGUUGACGAGCUAUCCCAGAAGGCAGCCUGGCAGGUCUUAAAACAUGAGCACACGGAGCUGGAGGAUGUCAGAGAGGGGAAAGAGAUGGAGAUUUCCAAAACCAAUACGUUGACCAUUAGAAAUAUAGACGUGAAUGAUGCUGGUCAGUAUUUCUGUGUAGAGCACCAGGACUAUGCCGCUGUCUACCAGGUGGAUGUCUUUCUGACUGACAGAAGAAAACACAUAUCUCACGGUGUGGACGUACCACAAGGCGACACUUAUCUGACACAACGUAAUCUCCGUGUCUUCACAAUGUGGGCUCCCUGGGGGGAGUGCAAUACGUGCGACAGGCCGGGACAAAAAUUUCGAGUCGGUCAGUGCACAGUCAAGACAAUCUACAGUGAUACUCCCGUGUUUCCAAGAGACUACCCAAUCCUGAUGUUUUAUAAAGACGGUGUGCCGUGUCACUCUACUGCCCUGCCAAGACAUAUUCGCCAGAUUCCAGAGAUCGGGGAACGCUUCAGCGAGACAAUUGUAGCCUCCUGUAAUGAGAGCUGUCCUACUCAGCCCCCAGCUAUUGAAAUCAAAAUACAUUUCGGUAGUAUAAAAUACAAGUUUCAGAAUCAACUUUCAGUUACAGACAAGUCUGGCCAAGUCAUUGAUGUCAUAGAACCAGGGUUCCACUCCAUACAUCAGAAGCCAGCACUGCCGCCUCUCAUUAAGAGGAAAGUUUUGUAUGAACCACAGAACUCACAUCUUGUACUACAUUGUCCAGGGGAGCUGGAAGUGGCUAUGAUCCACUGGACAAGGGGAGAGAGACAGAUAGACCCAGGCAGCAUCAAACGACAGACUAGAGGACGUGUGCAUGUGGAUAGUCGUAACCAGCUACACAUCAACCAGCUACUUAUAAGUGACACGGCUGUUUACAACUGCUGGUGCAAAAAUCGCAAAGUGGCCUCCUUGAAAGUGAUAGUCGUGGAUGGAGAGAACACGAGACUCAAACUCUACAUCAGCUACGGUGGACUGGUCACUACAACCAUCGGCUCCUUUCUGAUUGUCUUCUGUAUCUGCUGUAAGAAGAGUGACAAGAAUGCGAGGUAGAGGAAGCGUCGAAACUAUGUCCUACCUUCUGACCUAACUACCCUCUGGACUAACUGGACACACACUAUUUAAUGUUUGUACGUUUUGACACAGAGAUGUAAAUAUUUUCUUCUAAGUGUAUGUUCUCAAGUUUGUUUAGGAGCUACUUUUAAAAAAAAUGUAUUCUAGAGCUACAUGCUAAAGAAAGAAAAGUCACCUGCAUCGUAAGGGGGGGAGGGGGAGCAGUCAUUUUCUAGAAAUCAUUCGUCAUGGGGAAAAAAUGUGUAUUUUUAUUAAUAAUUUCAAAAGUUGGAAAAACUUUCAUUUCACAAUCAUUCUCGUUUCUUUUUGUUGUUGACAUUUAAAUUGUUUGCAUCCAUUACUUUCUCAGUUUCUACCUUUAUGUGCACAUCCUGGACAGUGCUGGUGGCAUUCUAGUGUUCUCCAAUGUAUACAGUCAAAAUACUAACUGUAAAUAUUAUUGUUCUUCUUUUUAAAAAUAAAAUUCUUGAAAAAGUU